CCGCCAGCCCCGGGGCUCUCAGUCUUUUCCCGCCAUGUCCUUCGUAGAGAGUGCGAGGUCUGUGGCCGCGCGACGGCGCCGCCAGGUCACCCCAGGCCCGGUGACUCGGCCUGUGUAUUCCGACUUCACUCACGGGGAUGGCGAUGGCUGGGGUGCGGGCGAAAUCGACGAAGACGAGGGAUGCGACCAAGUAGCCCGCGAUUUGCGGGCGGAGUUCUCAGCCGGGGCGUCGUGGGAGCCCAAGAGGGCCCCGCUACUCCCGCCGGUCGGGGAUGGGUCACCCGUCCUGCCCGAGAAGCGCAACGGCAUCUUCCCGGCGACUGCGGCCACCAGAAGCCAGACUCGGCGGUGGUCUGUCCAGGUCCUUUCCAUUCUCUGUUCGCUGCUCUUCGCCGGCCUCCUUGCUUUCCUCCUGGCCAUCGCCUACCUGAUCGUUAAAGAAUUGCAUGCAGAAAAUUUGAAAAAUGAAGAAGAUGCAGAUACUGGGCUGUUAGGUAACAAGAAGGUUGAAUCUCAACCUUUACUAAGAUUCUUGGUCCUAGGUUGGGCUAAAAUCCUAGAGCCUGGGUACUGUGCCAGAGUUUUGAAAUUGAGGUGCAUUCUGAGGACAUUUGCUGAAGUGAGUUACUGUUGAAACUUGCAUUCUGUUUUGCAUGUCCUUUUAUAUGUAGCACUUAAAUCAUAGGAGCAUUGCUAUUUCUGUACCCCACUUAGAGGUGUCUGCAGAAUGAUCUCUGGGCCAUCUGCCAAGAUGAACAAAACCACAUUCCUAUCUAGGGUAUAGCUUUUUCUGGAAGCACAACAGCACUCUUCUGUCUUUAUAUCCCAGAGGUUCAGUGCAAACACCAGUACAUUUAUUCCAAGUUGGAACAGCUUUAUCUUUACAUGUUCCACAUAAAACAAUUUAUCUAUAUUCCACACAGUUCAUUAUUUUUCUCUCUUUUAGAAGUUUUGGGUUUACCUUUCUCUCUCUGAUUAAAUCUGUAUACUAGCUUUGUAAUUUUACAACAUAAAAGCCAGAGACAAGGUAUGUCUCCUUUCUGCCUUGCCACAUACUUCUUGUGGUACCCUUUAAGGGUGACCCACCUUUAAAGGGUGGGGGGGGUGCAGGGAAAAGGGAACUAUCAGCUUUUAGGUCAGUCUUUUCCUUCUUUUUUUGUUUUGUUUUUGUGACAGGGUUUCUUUGUAUAGUUUGGCUGUUCUGUAAUUCACUCU